AUGAACCCGACAGUGCUCUCGCCUGCCUCACCAGCAGAGCUGCUUCAUUACAUCGUCACAUUCCAGCCCUAUCCAACGACACUCCUCAUUUGCUAUCAACGACAGGACUUCAUCUCAGCUCUCGUCUCUGACAGCCGCAAAAAUAUCUCCCAACAUAAUCAUGAGCAAUCCGAAGACCUGCCUCCACUACCUCUCCUCUCGGCAACACUCCUCCAGACCGCAAUUGCCCGUCACAUCCGCAUCCUCUUCAUCCCCAGCGUAACACAUCUACGUGCCUUCUUGUCCGCCUUUGGCACUUCAGACUCCUUGAUACCACCUCCACCAAACCACACAUCGUCAAAUUCGAAGAGUCGCCCGCCUUUGCUCCUGGUAUACGGGUUUCUCGAUCUCCACCGCGAUAGCAGCGAGUGGAGCGCGCAAGGCCUCAGUAGCUCGGCCGCGGUGCUCAUCGAGGCAGCUCGCCGGGCCGACACCAAAUUCAAACCCGUCAUCGUUGAGCCUAGAGGCGCAGGAGGGCAUGAAGACUUUACGUCACUGCUGCGGGAUGAUGCGCCGGUUUUGAGCGGGAGUUCAAGGAGGAGCGAGGGCGUCUGGAUGGGGAGAACUGUCGAGGUGAGACGAGUAUUGGGCCGCUGGUUUCGUUUCCAGACUGGCCGCUGGGAUCUUUAG